AUGGCCCUCUUUGGUCAUGACGAACUUGUGAAAUCAGGCUGGGGUGUAAAACGAGGUCACGUGCGAACCUCCUGGAAGAAGCGCUUCUUUACCCUCACAAAGUCGGCCAUCUUUGCCUAUUAUGCCGACGAGUCGGCUCGCGCCGGUGACAAGUCCAAGGGCUCCGUUCGGCUCCUCGGUUCUGGUGUCGAGAUACUUGGACCACGCGAGCUGCGCAGUGAUGUCAAGUGGCCCAAGGCCGCUCCCGAGAAUGCGCGCCUCCAGAUUGUUGUACCCAAUCGUAUCUACAGCCUCUACUUUGAUACUGGCACAGAAUGCGAGGCCUGGCUGCUACAUCUGCGCCAAGUCACCGGUCGACUGAAGCUAGCAACCAAUGCCGGCAGCAACACCAGCAGUAGCACCCAGGCGCAGAUUGAGGACGAUGCUUUGCAACACGAACUGCACCAAACUUUACAGACACUGGUUGCUCAGCCAGGCAACAACACCUGCGCCGACUGCCAUCGCUCAAGUUUGUAUAGCUCGCACAUGCCCACAGCUUUCAUCACCUCGCAGAGCUUUGGCUUCAGCUCAUCACGAAGCCAUCCGCCUCGUAUCGACUCCCUCCCAGAGCCAACCUGGGCUUCAUGGAACAUUGGCGUCUUUAUCUGCCUUCAUUGCGCCGGUGCCCAUCGCUCGCUCGGCUCACACAUCAGCAAGGUCAAAAGCAUCGCUCUGGACACGUGGAGUCGGCAACAAGUCGGUGAUAUCAAAAAAAAGGGCAACAAUGCAGUCAAUGCUGUGUACGAGGCAAAGCUGGAGGCCAGUUACGCGCGCCCUAUGGAGCUGGACGCUGGUCUGAGCGACUUUAUUCGUCGCAAAUAUGUGGAUCAACAAUGGGCUGCAACAGCUGAAGCCGGUGAGCAGCUUCACCCCAAUUCAACGUCACCCUCGUCACGCGACGACCAGACCAAAAACGCUAACCCAUUUGCCAACGAUGCCGGCAACGCCUCUGACAGCGACUUUGAUCCUCGAGCUAACGAGUCGGACGCACGCGUCCUUGCCACCAUGCAAUCCGAAGCGGCUGCUCUACAUGCAGCCAACGAUCCUAUGGCCCAGCAUGAUUGGUCAUAG